UCUCGUUUCGUCGAAAACAUUUCUGGUUCAGACAAAUGUCGCACUUGAGGUCCCUGCACUGUGGAGUUAAGCCAACCGACUAUCAGGUUUAUAAGGCUAGGUAAAACACAAGCUUACUAGUUACACUGGCAGUGCACCAUUGCCCAUUGUCCAGCGUAAUUCGGCCAGUGUAUAAUAGUUAAAGUACGAGAAGAAUUGAAUACAAUUGAUGCCAACGCACCAUGGCAUUUGCUCGCGUAUAAUAAGCCGACUGUAGGCUGAAAUUAGUAUAUCCGCUCAUGCCGGUUGGCUGAUGUACUAGGAAAGGCAGUCCAGCAACGCUGUAGGACGAGGCAGUAGCAGUAUCUAGUUUAUUGUCGAUGCGUUUCAUACUGGAGUUUGUUUCUAAACCGACGGGUUCACAAUGGGUCGUUGGAGGCUAGUGGAUCAAUAAAUUCCGGGGAAGGUAACGUGAGCGCUGUUGGGCAUCUUUUGAAACAGCAGCUCCAGCAGUCCUUGAGUUUUCGGAUAGAGCGUCCCGCCUAUGCGAACGGAAUCGCGCUCGAAGCUUAUCGAUAAAGAAUCGCCGCUUGCAGAUCUACUUUGUUGUAUAUUCACAAAGUCUUAACAUGGAGGUCCAGACGCUAACUUGCUUGCUAGUUAUCAUGGUGCUGGCAUUUUUGCACAUAAGUAGUAGCGAACUCGAAAAAAUUGGGCAGCUCCCAGCCACGACUUUAGUCAAAUUUUAUGCGUAUAGGCACGUGUCUAUCAUUUACUUCAAAAUACCACUGGACAUUGCACUAGCAAGAUGGAAGUUUCAUGCGAAUGAAGUCAAGACUGGUGGCAUUUUCCGAUGCACACCCCAGAACAUUACUGUCCACAUCAAGCCUGGCAGCAUUCCGUUCGUAAAUCCUGACAAAUCCAAAGUUCCGGAGAAUCUCCUGGAGGCGCGAUUUCCUCAUCAUAGCUUGUUCUUUACGAGCGAUGGAACACAACAGGUGCAGAACAUCACCGCACCCGUGCCCGGAGAUUGGUUUGCGAUUGCGUUUCGCUCUUGGUCUGACCCUAAUGACGGCAAGAUUGAACAACAAGGGAUCAGCGCGUCCUGUGAGACUAUUCUCGACGCGGAAGUCGAUGUGGAGCGUGAAGCAAGCCUACAGCUGGCUGUGAAUGCCAGGCAACCAAAUAUACGCUUAGCAAGCAUCGGGGAUUUAUCGAGAGUGCGAUUUCUAAUGCCAAACAACGUAAUUGAGUCAAGUAUCACUAUUUUUUCCUCAUCUGGGGUAUCUUCGGAAGUCGAGGUAAACGUAACGGCCAACUCCUAUAUUUCAUCUAAAGGCACUGAGCUCGCUCAAACAACUUUGAAUUCAUCAACGGCGGUGUCAGUUCCCUUCAAGGUUUGGACAAACGCCUUUCACUACAUCACAGUCCGUCUUCUAUCUGGUUCUUCCACUGACGUCUCUGUCGUUCUCAACAACAGUGUCCAACGUUUUUCUGAUGCUACCGUGGUCAGAUUGACCAGAAAAUCGUACCCAGAUUUUUUCCUAUUUGACUACGAAUACCUUGUAGACAACCAGACGAAAUCCUCAUCCGUGCAGCUGACUACGACUUCAACCAGUGUUUUCUCCUUCGAGAUAAAUUCGAUCAGUGAUACCGGUGGAACUCUAACCGUCGCUCUUAGGCUAAAGGACAAAGGAAAGUCUGAGCCAGAAAAUUUUACAGUCUUCGGUUGUGUCCACCUUGGAACAUUACAGGACAUCUCUCCGGAGACUGGACGCUGUUUUUCGAAUAUUAUGGAGUCCAAGCUUCCAGUCCUUGUAACCUCAAAGACUGAUCCCGGCCCUAUCUACGUCCAUAUACCCUUUCCGGAACCUGGCUUAUGGUACCUAAGCCUGAGAGCUUUUUUGCGUUCUAUGAACUGCACCUGUCCCGAGACCUGUCAAGAAAACUCUACAAUGUGUCCUUGCCUGAUCCCUGCUUCCGGUACAGUUGAAAUGAGCGUGGCCUCUUCGCCAUGUAUAGAAGGAAACUGCGGAAUGCAUGGACGCUGUAUUCACUACAUGAAUGGAGGUUUUGUGUUUUCUGGAUGCCACUGCCUACGGGAUUAUAGAGGGUUUGACUGCACUGAUGAUCAGUACGUUCAAAACGAUUCAUCAGUACUCAUAGGUCUGCUAAUGCUUACCUUGAGCAACCUGGUCUUCGUGGGAUCCAUCUAUUUUGCUCUUCAUAGAGCCUAUUAUGCAGAGGCAUUGAUUUAUUUCGCGGUCAUGUUUUUUUCCACCUUUUACCACGCCUGCGAGUCCGGCGAGAGCGUUUACAACUUCUGCAUAAUGCGAGUUGCCGUCCUCCAGUUCUGUGACUUCUUCACAGCGCUCCUUGCCUUCUGGGUCACCCUUGUCGCCAUGGUCGGUUUGACCCCCCGGUCAACGGCCAUCUUGGACCUUGGAGGUGCCGUCGUCCUAGCUACAUGUGCGGAACUCAAUAGAACAGCACUUUGGGUUUUCAUGACGCCCACGAUCACAGGUUCAUGCUUAGUGGCUUUUUUUUGGAUUAAACGCUGUCGGGCAAGAAACACGAUUCACUAUCCGGCCAAGUGCUACCAAUAUUACUAUUUCCCAGCAGGAAUCGGUUUGGUCACCUUGGGACUUAUUUGCUACGCCUUUCUGCAAACUCAGAUGAAUUACAGUCUAGUGCACAGCUUUUGGCAUAUGGCAGUGGCUGGCGGUGUAAUGCUACUGCUGCCUAAUCGCAAGCACUUAAAAUGAGACGAAAUUUUAUUCAGAAUUUCAUUAUUUGCUUUAUGUAUCUCCUACAAUUCUGUGAGGAAUACCACCGCAACAUAUAUUGUCUAACCAAAACAAAGAAUUCAACUCUUGGGUGUUUUUCUACACCCCAAGUCAACAGUUUUACAAAUAAAUACACUUCCGAAUUACAAAUUUAGGUUAAAUAAUAAAGUAUCGGGAUGAAGGAUAACGAACCAACUUUCAGUAACCAAGGAAUUAGACUUGGAAGUAACUCAAAGUGUUCCGAAGACUUUCAAAAUAUCAAAUAUACCAAAAAUUCGGGUCACUGACGAGGCAAAUACAUUAAGUUAUGUGCACAAAUUGUACAGGGAAGAGAAUCUCAACUAGAGGGGAAUGUUGUUACGCAAUGUAAUAUCUCUUCACUAUCAGUGGAUAUCCAUUAUUUAGAAUAAGUUUUGAUGAAAUGUUUGUUAAAGGUGGUAAGAUAUUUGAUCUUAAACCGAAUCGUGGAUCAUUCUGAUCCAAUGUUAAAUGCCAUUCAAUUUACAGGCAGUUGCAUUCAUUUAGACGUAUUGAAGUAUAAAAUAUAGGCUAGUAGUCCAAACAUUCGCCUUAUAUCGUAUACAAAAGUGUUAGAUUACACCUCAGUAAUGAACAUGAGCAUAGCCAAGCAUGUAUCGAAAUAUUACUACGUAUGUUGUAACGAUCAGCUAUGAGCAGUACCCAUAACUGUUAGCUACAUAGUAAAGAUACGACGGGCACCGACAACCACCGAGAUUAGCCGACGUCACCCGAAUUCAGAGGCCACUGACAGAAUGCAGCGGACUUGCGGAACACGGACAUGGUGAAGGCACGGCAGACACCGAGGACAAUCGAGGUUAGUGAACGUAACUCACACGGAGUUAGAAGAUACAGACGGGAAGCAGAGGCAGACUCGCUAGACACGGACAUGGAAUCGCGAGACUGACCGCGACGGUGCACCAGGGGUACUCGCCAGCAGAUCUCAGGCAGAGCGCCGCGCUGUUUUAUUUUGCUACGGGACGUUGUUCAUCUAGAACAUGUUCAAGAACUUAGAAUCAAAUAGUAUCCGUAUGAGUAUUCAAGCAUAGCGCUUAGAUUCUUUAAUUAAAUUUUAAUCUUGAACCGAUAGAGUCCACGACAGCACGGAAUUUUAAAUGAGCUGGAAUUGCAGAGUAUGGAAAGGUAGAAGAGUUAGGGAAAAUUUAACAUUGAGAUCACAGGAGCAGAAUCUACGAAUCCUGUAUUAUUUUUAUUUUACUUUAAUGUUUGUAUGAUUUUUCUUCUGAAGAUUCUUUUUUUUUGUAUCAUUUUCUCUGAAUGUAAUCUUUGAUUAAUUGACUCGUUCUUAGAAAAUUUCAUCACAUCUGUACUUCAGUUCGUUAUCACUAUCGGUUAGAGUUGAUAUUGGAUAGAAUUAACAGAUGGCGUGCAUUCAUCACGGUGGUUGGACGGCACUGUGAAAACCGUGUUCGGGACCAAUACCUGGCAAAACGCAGCCUGACCGGCAGCCAUGGCUACCGUCUUGGUCUGCAGUUUAGCUAUCGUAUUUAGUUAAUCAGAGGUUGUCAGCUCUGGCUUCUGUGCCAAAGUCUGAGCACGGAGGUGGCUCCAAUUUUCCCGAGUCCACGAUAUAGAAGGGAGCACUGGCUUGUGAUCGUGUCUCCGACUAGGUAACAACGGUUAGAAACCCUUGUCUCUGAGAGAGAGAGCAAUGGCCUCAAGCCCUUGUUUUCUGAAGCGAGCAACAGUGACAAACGCUUGUCUACAAUCAAAGCAGCUCUGGUUAUUCCCAAGUCUGCAACAGCUCUUAGAGAUUGAUCCUACGCUUAGCCUAUCAAAGUGUGUACUAUUCAUUUAAUUAAUUCUUACUCAUUACAGCAUCUGAGACAAAGACAUUCACAAUAACACUACGUUCCCACAAGCAUUGACUCCGGGAACAGCUCGCACACGUAACAAUAUAUUGUAACAAUUUUUGUUAGAACCUGUUACUAGGGUUAUCUAACGCACACCUUAGUGUGUAUCAUCAGAUUUUUUUAAAAAUAAAUCGAUGAAUCUCAUUAGUCAGAUGCAUAUAAUAAGGUCGUGUGUUCAGAAUUCCAUUUCGUCAACCCAUAUCCCCAUUUAAAUUGUAAUUCUCUCCUUUCUUUACGGCUUCGCAUUUACUCACAUAAAAAUAGAUCGUUACACCGUGACUGGCCAGCUUUCUUUGAUUUUUAACGCAAUUCUAAUAUAUUUGGACUUGAAGUGUAGUUGAUUCUCUAAUUUAAGUAAGAAUUGUGACCUCAUUUUUCUUAUAUUCCUUUCGCAUUUUUAGCACUCAGUCUUGUGGUUUUCUCUUGCCUCAUUUAUAUUUUGUUAUCUAUAUCGCAUUUCUCAUACUUCAUUUGUGAAUCUUUUUCUAUCUAAUAUUUCAAUUCCUUACUUAAUAUCGCAUCACACUGUCUAAUACCUUAAUUUCCCGUAACGUGUAUCACGCUUACGAUUUUCUUGCUUACAUUGCUUACACUUACGCUUGCGUCGCAUCUUUUUGUGUUUUAUAAUUACCUUUAUCAUACCAUAUUUGAUGUAAAUCCCUUGAUUUAUCGUUAAUAUUUUUUCUACAUGAGUGACUUGGUUAUCCGUGGAACCUCGAAAACCCUAUAUAUCGCAACAUUGAUCGUAGAUCAAUCUAGUUUGUAGUAUCAUCAAUACUAUCGUAGCUAAUAAUCUUAUGAUAGCUCAUUUGCUAAUCUAUCGUUAAUUCCUUUCUCUAUAGUUCAUUGUGUAAUCUUCUCUAGCAAAUUUUUCUCGCUAAAAAAUUUGAUAUGUGUAUUUAAUAUCAGCGAAAAUUAACAGCCCGCCAUUCAAAAAUGGCUAAGUGAAUGUAAUUCACAUUAAUAGCCACAUACAGCACAUGUGUGCACAUAUCAACAAGCUUCACACACAAGUCAAAAAUGUGUCUCUUCGCGACGAAUUUCAAAUGUAAAUAUAUUCAACGGCACACGAAAACAAAACAAUUUUCGAAAUACAGGUGAUGAGAGAAAUUAAUGACACUGUAGUCAGGGCGGCUAGGUGGUCUAGUGGAGUAAGUCUCCGGUAAAGCAUCUCUAGACACCAGGUCCGAUUGCUGGCUCCGUCGUUAAUUUUUCAACUCACCUGAAAAUUUCAAAAUUGUACUCAUCUCUAUUACCAACGUACCGCAACCUAGACUUCUACGUAAAAUAAGUUAUUGUUAAUAAUGAAGUUUCCCAUAAAUUUCCAACUCUUACAAUUAGUCUCGCAAUUCAUGCAGCACAAAAUUCAUGAAUGCUCGUCGAUACCGAUAACUUUCUCCAACAAUAUCUGACUAAACUGUCGCAAUAAUACGUACUGCGUUUGCUGAUUAUAGAAUUCUUAUAUACCAACAUAUAUUAUUCAAGCUUGACUCAAUCACCUAUCUCACCUGUUAUUAGGUUCCGUUAAUUCGUUCACAUAAUUAUUGUACGCGAAUACCGUAAAUAUUGCCCCUUUGCUAAUUAUCGCUUAUUGUAUUAACUUUACUAUGGCAAAUAAUAUCUUAGAUUGUUAUUGGAUGCUAGUCAUUCAUUCCUGAUUAUUCUCAACUUGCUGAUGGUUGACUAUCGAAUAAUUGUAUUACAUACGGCACUAAUAUCUGCUUUUUUGUUUAUCGUAUCAAUAUACCUUGUUAAAUUGUUCACCUUUUUUUUCGCUAGUUAUUGCUAAUUUAUCAAUAUAUUCGAUACUAUUAAUGUAAUACUUACGUUUCGUUCGUGUUCUCGUGCCCCCCGCCCCCCCGUCCAUCGACUAUUAUCCUAUUUAAUUGUUAGUUGUGCAAAACCGCCACAGGGUUUGUUAUAUUGUUUCCAUUGUGUUUUUUUCUUUCCUAAAAAUUGGCACAGUUGCGUCUGGCGCCCAACAUUACCUUAUCUUUUGCCGAAACUACCCUACAUCAUAUAGUAACGGAUUAAUGGUCCUCACCUUAUCUUACCGUAUUGUAAAAAUUAAACGUUCUAAUAUGUAUAAUAGGUAUGUAAAUAUACAGCUAUUUACAAAU